AGGAACAGCAGGUUGGGUAACUUAUUUACCCACUCACAGACGGAAAUCAAAAUCCUGUUCAACCUGUAGAAAGCAGAACAUUUUAUGGAAACACAACGCAGACAUUAAAGGUGAAAAAUUGACAUGAUAAGUCUUAAAAAUGAGCCUCUAUGAGGAGAAAAAGGAAGAUGUACAGUACCACAAAACACAAUGUUCCGAGCUCAGCUGUGUGUCUAUGAAGAGUAAAGAUUCCAUUUUUCAGCCUCCUAAUCUUAAUAAUGGAGCGAUGACCUCUGACCCCAUAGAGGAGAAAGAUUUUUCCAUCAAAUCUGUAAAAUCCCAUCUGACAUGCACUGCUUUAAUGGAGACCUUCUUCAGACAACAGAGAGUCAAACAUACUCACAAAUCCAUCUUAAAGAACAAGUAUGAGAGCUUAUUUGAGGGAAUCAAACUACAAAAGAACAAAACGCUCCUGAACAGAAUUUACACACAGCUGUACAUCAUAGAGGGAGAGAGUGGACGAGUGAAUGAAGAACAUGAGGUUUUACAGAUGGAGAAAACACACAGAACACAACACUUACAAGACACAAGAAUCUACUGCAAUGACAUCUUUAAACCCUUACCUGAAUCAGAAUAUAAAACAGAGAAGAGAAGAGAGAAAAAGACAAAAAUAAAGAGCGUUCUUACUAAAGGCAUCGCUGGAAUUGGAAAAACCGUCUCUGUGCAGAAGUUCAUUCUGGAUUGGGCUGAAGGAAAAAACAAUCAAGAUAUAGACUUCAUGUUUGUGCUUCCAUUUAGAGAGCUGAACUUGAUUCAAGAUGAUCAGUACAGUCUUCACAAACUUCUGCUUGACUUUCAUCCUGAACUUCAAGAUCUGGACUCAAAGGUUUAUGAUGAGUGUAAAGUUGUGUUCAUCUUUGAUGGUCUGGAUGAAAGCAGAAUAACACUGAGGUUUUCUCACAAUGAGAAAGUUUCUGAUGUGACUCAGGCAUCAUCAAUUGGUGUGUUGAUGUCAAACCUGAUCAAAGGAGAUCUGCUUCCCUCUGCUCACAUCUGGAUCACCUCCAGACCAGCAGCAGCCAAUCAGAUCCCAUCUAAAUACAUCAACCGUCUGACAGAAAUCCAGGGAUUCAAUGAUCCACAGAAGGAGGAAUAUUUCAGGAAGAGAAUCAGUGAUGAACAUCAAGCCAGCAGAAUCAUCUCACACAUCAAAAAAACAAGAAGUCUCCACAUCAUGUGUCACAUACCAGUCUUCUGCUGGAUCUCAUCUACUGUGCUUCAAAACAUCCUAAAACAAGAUCACAGAACAGAAACCCCCAAAACUCUGACUGAAAUGUACGUCCACUUCCUGCUGAUUCAGAUGAAUAUAAAGAAUGAGAAGUAUGAUGAGAGAGAUCCACAGAAACUCUUGCAGUCUAACAGAGAAAUGAUUGUGAAACUGUCUGAACUGGCUUUCAAACAGCUGAUGAAGGGUAAUGUGAUGUUUUAUGAGGAGGACCUGAGAGAUUGUGGGAUAGACAUUACUGACGCCUCAGUGUAUUCUGGGAUCUGUACUGAGAUCUUUAAGGAGGAAUCUGUGAUUCAUCAGAGGAAAAUUUACUGCUUCAUACAUCUCAGCUUUCAGGAGUUUCUGGCUGCUUUCUAUGUGUUUUAUUCCCAUUUAGCUAAGAACACAGAAUCACUGCAGUUGUUUCUUGGAUAUGAAUAUGAGAAUUAUAAGUCUGAAGACAGCUCUCUGUUUGAGUUACUAACAUCAGCAGUUCAUAAAAGCCUUGGGUAUGAAAACGGACAUCUGGAUCUUUUCGUGCGAUGCCUGCUGGGCAUCUCACUGAAAUCCAAUCAAAGACUCUUACAGGAUUUACUGCCACACACAGAGGACAGUUCGGAGAGCAUCAAGAAAACCACAAAUUACAUUAUAGACACAAUCAAAGAUGGACAAGUUUUCUUAGUGAAAAGAUCCAUCAAUCUGCUUCUCUGUCUGCUUGAAAUGAAGGUUCAGUCUCUGCACAGACAGAUUCAAGAGUUUUUGCCAUCACAGAAUCUCUCUGCUGCUCAUUGUACAGCAAUAGCCUACAUGAUUCAAAUGUCUGAGGAAGUGCUAGAUGAGCUGGACAUCAAGAAAUACAACACAACACAGGAGGGAAUAAGAAGACUUGUACCAGCUGUGAUUAACUGCAGAAAAGCUCUACUUGAAAGCUGUAGUCUCACUGAUGAAUGCUGUGAAAGUUUGGCUGCAGCUCUAGAGUCAUUCAACUCCCCCCUGAGAGAGCUGAACCUGAGUUAUAAUAACCUUAAGGAUUCCAGAGUCCACAAUCGACCCUAUCAGAUGGGAAUUCUGAGACUGAAGCUUCUCUUUGAUGGACUGAACAAUCCAAACUGUAAACUGGAGAUUCUGAGAUUGUCCAGCUGUAAUCUCACUUAUCAUUCCUGUGAAGGCUUGGCUUCAGCCCUAAAAUCCUCAAACUCUUCUCUGAAAGAACUGGACUUGAGUAACAAUGACCUGAAGGAUUCAGGAGUGAAGCUCAUCUCUGAAGGACUGACGAGCCCAAAAUGUCAACUGGAGAUACUGAGGUUAUCUGGCUGUAUGGUAACAGAGGAAGGUUGUAGUGCUCUUGCUUUAGCUUUAAGAUCAAAUCCAUCACACAUGAGAGAGUUGGAUCUUAGCUACAAUCACCCAGGAGAUUCAGGAAUAAAGCUGCUCUCUGAUCUGUUGGAAGAUUCACACUGUAAGCUGGAGAUACUCAAUGUGGCUCAUGCUGGAGAGAUCAUGAUCACAGCAGGACCACGCAAGUAUGCCUGUGAUCUCACACUGGAUCCAAACACAGUAAACCCUCAUCUCCGUCUGUCUGAGGAGAACAGGAAGGUGACACGUUUGGAAAAGGAGCGAGAGUCAUAUCCCGAUCAUCCAGAGAGAUUUGAUUAUUGGCCUCAGGUUAUGUGUAAAGAGAUUCUGACUGAACGCUGUUAUUGGGAGGUUGAAUGGAGCGGCUGUAAAGGUGUUGUUAUAUCAGUGAUGGAUAAAGAAAUCAGCCGGAGAGGAGCAGAUGAUGGAUGUAGAUUUGGGUUUAAUAAAAAGUCCUGGAGUCUUGACUGCUCCGAUUACAGAUUCACUGUUUGGCACAAUAAAAACAGCACUGAUGUCGACUCUCCUUUAACCGCUUCUAAAAGAGUGGGAGUGUAUCUGGACUGUCCGGCCGGCACUCUGUCUUUCUACAGUGUUUUGAAGAAACUCACACACUUACACACAUUUAACUUUACAUUCACAAAACCUCUGUGUGCUGGAUUCAGGAUUUAUACUGACUCCUCUGUGUCUCUGUGCUGUACUAAACAGCCUUCAAACAAGACACACAAGGGUCCAGAUUUAUAAGUUUUGGAAUUUGGUUAAAAGAGCAAGAUGAUGAUUCUGCACUGAAUGCAUCAAUGCUUAUUUGAUUCCAGGAAAAAACAUGUUUGAAGUAUUUAAAAGACAAAACAAAACAAAAUGCUUGCUUACACACACACACACACACACCUUGCAUAAAAAUAUUUAUUUAUUCUUUUCAUUUUAUUUGUGUUUACACACAAAUGACACACAUUUUCACAUUUGUGUGGCACAUGUGUAUGUGUAAGGGAAUUUACAUUCAUUCUACUACUUAACAAACAAUCAUCUAACAGUGUGCAUGUUUUUGUGUAUUUGGAGGGUAUUGCAUUGUUUGUCAUUUUAUUUUCAUGUGUCUAUGGACAACUGUCAAACAGUCUUGUUAAUAUUUUUGUGUUAGUAUUGAUGAGAUGUUAAAGUUAAGGGAAUUAACUUUGACUCGACCAGAAAAUAAUCUAUACGGCUAUAUAUGUUAUGAACCUGUGAUUGGAAGGAGUAGUCUCUCCUCGUUGGGUUAACUAGCCUCCAUACAUCACCAACAUUACAGUUUUUAAUAUACAAAUUAAGGAAAUCCCUAGUUUUGGAAGGAGGAGCACGCUGAGCAGAUGAUCUGUCUAAAUAUGAGUCUAAAACACAAUUGAAGUCUCCCCCUAUAGACGGUUUCAUCGGACGCACGUGAUACACGUCUGGAUCCGAACUUUACUUCCGGUUUCGUUUUUUUUAAUGGUCUGACUAGUUGCUAAACUGAUCUCUUGAACAAAUGCCUCGUCGAAAAUAACAAAUGUUUUGGUUUCCUAGGUAAUCUAUGUGUUGUUUUUUGCUUGUUAUAUAAAUAAACUACAUUUAAUGAACUUUGUUGUUAUUUAUUCUUAGCGGAGUUUACCGGAAGUUACGUGCGGACCGCGACAGCCGCUUGUUUAUGUUGUUACUGCUUAAACGGUCUAUAAUUAGAUUAGUAACAUGGGAAAAUCAUUUUUGAAAAAAGCAUGGAUCAUCAAAAUUUGGUUCGUAAAUAUAAACAAAAGUUAUCGACAUGGAAAAUAUUUCUCCCGCAACUAUGAUAAAAUGUCCCUAUUUAUAUGUAGUUGUAGACCUCUGUUUAAAAGGAACCCCUUUUUUAUUAAAAUAGCAGUGCCCCUGGCCUUAGAUGAAAAGGAAGAGAAAAAAGACUGGCCUAUCCACCUGACUCUUAAUUUGGAAUGAAAGCCGUUGUGACUCUUGUAAAAAUUUUAUGUCAGCAAUCAUAAAUUUCAAAUGAGACAACAUCUUACCAUGUUUAAUGGGAUGGUUUAAGCCUUUAACGUUCCAAGAUGCAAAAGUCAAAGCUCCCGCCCCUCUAUCAGGUGUAUUACUUUGAGUGGCAGCCAUCCCAGUUAUUGCAUUUAUUGUAACCUCCCACCACAGAACGCACCCACAGACGAAACCCUAUUAAACAUCCCCUCCCACAAUCCUUUAUCAGAACAAAACUAACAAAAAACUAAAUAAGAACAUACCUGACAAACCAGGUGAAGUUAAACAUCAAAACAGAAUUUUCCUGAAACAAUAAACUUGACUGUAAAAUAAACAGCCUAAUUGCAUUAGCUGACUAUCAGGAGUUAGUGAGCAAUUCCUAUAAGUGUUAUAAUGUUCUCAUGCACAUAGGCAGUUC